GAGCUGGGCGUAGUUGCGACCAAUUGUCGGCUCUAGAGUGCUUUACGUGCACCCAAUACCACUCGCGCGCUCGACCAGACAAGAGGCUGUGGAACCCACGCAGAACAUCUCUCCACGGGCACUGAUAUUGCCUUUGCAGGAACUCCACGCGGAAAACGAAGUCCUCGACGGAGUGCAUGGGAUCCUCGCCAUCGAACUUCAAAUUCCAUCGCUCCAGCUUCAGGGUUCCUGCCGGUUGGAUUUCUCCAGUUCGUUGCCUGCGGAUCCGGCACGACCGGUGGACUGCCAAACUCCGGCUGUCGAACCUGCAAGGAUUGCCUUGGCGUCACUGGCGGUGGAAUAUUUGUCGAACGGUGCCCUUCCGCACGUUUCGGGAUGGCUCCUGUGUUCGGUGCUGGUGCUGCCGAGGCUUCGGUGCUCGAAUUUGGUGCCCGUUCGUCCGGAUGCGUCGCUGCGGAGGCUUCGGUCCUCGAGCCACCAUUCGGAGGCCUUAGUCUGUCGUUUAUUAGCUUCAUCAUUUCUAAAAAUUGGGCUCGGAUGUCCUCGCGCAGGGACUCGCUUAUUUCAUCUCGCAACGAGCUCCGAUAUGUUUGAUGCAUCGCAGCAACCGCGACGUUUACGGCAGAUUCGAGCACCGUGUCUCUCUGCGGCUCCUUCGGAUAUUGAAGGUCUUGACCGGCCGCCUCUU